UGUAUCUGUGUGUGUAUAUACCUUUUUUAUCCAAAGUCGUGUUUGGCCCUUUUUACCACUGCUACAGUGCCUAAACAGUGCGAACAGGAGGGAACAGAUUAUACUGUUUAACAGGAGAGGAUUCUGGUCCGAUGGGUUAUGUAGGUAAUUAUAAGUGAGCGUUGCACAACCCUCGAUUAUUACACUGAUUUCCCUGACUUUUUAACCUGUACAAAGCCUCUCACUUUCGUCCUCCUUGUUAUCUUCAACCCGCCGGAGACCUCAUAUUUCAGGCAAUGACCCCGGUCGGAAUUCUCGGCUGGCUACUCCUCCUCCUGGCUAUCUACUGUGGAAUCGACCCUUUCAAGCACAGCGCAAUCUAUCACUUCCCCGAUUUCGAAACAUUCGAGGUGAACAUGCCCCCAUGGUCCCAAGUUCCGACCGAGAAAGACACCCAGAAUUUGCUGCAGAAAUCGGAAAUUAGGUUUUUGAACCAGGUUCAGGGCCCAGAAAGCAUGGCUUUUGACCCGCAGGGUCGUGGACCAUACACUGGUGUCGCCGAUGGUCGGAUUUUGUUCUGGAACGGCGACUCCUGGACCGAUUUUGCAUAUACAUCGCCUAAUCGGUCAGAAUUAUGUGACCCAAAACCAUCGCCUUUGAGCUAUAUGCAGAAUGAGCACAUAUGUGGAAGGCCAUUGGGGCUUCGAUUUGACAAGAAAACAGGUGAUUUAUACAUUGCAGAUGCAUAUUUUGGGUUGAUGAAAGUUGGACCUGAAGGUGGACUAGCGACAUCUCUAGCAACUGAGGCAGAAGGGAUCCCACUGCGGUUCACAAACGAUCUGGACAUUGAUGAUGAUGGAUAUAUUUAUUUUACUGAUAGCAGCACCAAAUACCAAAGGAGGAACUUCUUGCAGCUAGUUUUCUCUGCAGAAGAUACUGGAAGGGUUCUGAAAUACAAUCCACAUACAAAGAAAACCACCGUCCUCGUUCAAAAUCUCCAAUUUCCAAAUGGUGUGUCUCUAAGCAAGUGCGGUUCAUUCUUUGUAUUCUGCGAAGGAUCUGUUGGCGUAUUAAGGAAGUAUUGGUUGAAAGGUGAGAAAGCAGGGACAUCUGAAGUAAUGGCCGUUCUACCAGGAUUUCCUGAUAAUGUGAGAACGAAUGAAAAAGGUGAAUUCUGGGUAGCAAUCCACUGUCGCCGCUCUAUGUACACUUAUUUAUGUUCCAAGUACCCGAAAAUUCGGAAAUUCUUGCUUAAGCUUCCGAUCUCGGCAAAGAUUCAGUUCAUGCUUCACAUUGGGGGCCUACCCCAUGGAGUAGUUGUGAAGUACAGCCCAGAGGGUAAGCUGUUGCAGGUAUUGGAGGACAGUCAAGGGAAGGUUGUUAAAGCGAUUAGUGAAGUGGAGGAGAAGGACGGGAAGCUGUGGAUGGGAAGCGUGUUGAUGCCUUUCGUUGCAGUUUACCAAUUGGGCUGAGGUUAAAGAACCUAUAUGUUUUUUACUGUUAUUCAUUUUUGGAGGCAGAACCUGUAUGUUUUUGUUCUCUCAUAUCUGGGACUUGAAUCUUUUAGUUCCUCAUUCAUGUCAACUUAUUUCUUUUCCUGGGAUUUACGAGUUCUAGGCCACCAUACAGUUGAUGUGGUAUGAUUAUGUGAUUCCAAAUCACAGUGUGUGUUGGAGAUUUUUUGAACACAAUCAUAAGAUUAUCGGGCAAUGCCACCAAGUCUUACUGUUUACAA